CAUGGGUCAAACCGGAAAAAAAUCUGAGAAGGGACCAAUUUGUUGGCGAAAACGUGUGAAAUCAGAAUAUAUGAGACUGAGACAGCUCAAGAGGUUCCGACGCGCAGAUGAAGUAAAGAGUAUGUUUAAUUCUAAUCGUCAGAAGAUACUGGAAAGAACUGAAAUCUUAAAUCAAGAAUGGAAACAACGCAGGAUACAGCCUGUUCACAUCAUGACUUCUGUGAGCUCAUUGCGCGGGACCAGGGAGUGCUCUGUUACCAGUGACAUAGAUUUUCCUAAACAAGUCAUCCCCUUGAAGACUCUCAAUGCUGUUGCUUCUGUGCCUAUAAUGUAUUCUUGGUCUCCCCUUCAACAGAAUUUUAUGGUAGAGGAUGAAACUGUUUUACAUAACAUUCCAUAUAUGGGAGAUGAAGUGCUUGACCAGGAUGGUACCUUUAUUGAAGAACUGAUCAAGAACUAUGAUGGCAAAGUGCAUGGAGACAGAGAAUGUGGAUUUAUCAAUGAUGAAAUAUUUGUUGAGCUGGUCAAUGCACUUGGUCAAUAUAGUGAUGAUGAAGAUGAUGAUGAUGGAGAUGACAAUCCUGAUGAAAGAGAUGACAAGCAAAAAGAUCGGGAAGGUAACAGGAUGGAGAAAGCAAGUCACCCGCCUCGGAGAUUUCCUUCUGACAAGAUAUUUGAAGCCAUUUCCUCAAUGUUUCCAGACAAGGGUACAGCAGAAGAAUUGAAAGAGAAAUACAAAGAACUCACUGAGCAGCAGCUUCCCGGAGCUCUUCCUCCUGAAUGCACACCAAACAUAGAUGGACCAAAUGCUAAAUCUGUUCAGAGGGAGCAAAGCCUGCACUCUUUUCACACACUCUUCUGUAGACGCUGUUUUAAAUAUGAUUGCUUCUUGCAUCGUAAGUACAAUUACGCAUUCCACGCAACUCCUAAUACUUACAAACGAAAGAAUACAGAAACAGCAUUAGAUAAUAAGCCUUGUGGACCGCACUGUUAUCAACAUCUGGAAGGGGCAAAGGAGUUUGCAGCUGCCUUGACCGCUGAGCGUAUAAAGACACCACCAAAGCGCCCAGGUGGCCGCCGAAGGGGAAGGCUUCCAAACAACACCAGCAGGCCCAGCACGCCUACAAUAAAUGUGUUGGAAUCAAAAGACACAGAUAGUGAUAGAGAAGCUGGAACUGAAACUGGAGGAGAAAACAAUGAUAAAGAAGAGGAGGAGAAGAAAGAUGAAACAUCCAGUUCCUCUGAAGCAAAUUCUAGGUGUCAAACGCCAAUAAAGAUGAAGCCAAAUAUUGAGCCUCCAGAGAACGUGGAAUGGAGUGGUGCAGAAGCCUCAAUGUUUAGAGUUCUUAUUGGCACCUACUAUGACAACUUCUGUGCAAUUGCCAGGCUGAUUGGGACCAAAACAUGCAGGCAGGUGUAUGAGUUUAGAGUAAAGGAAUCUAGUAUUAUUGCUCCAGUCCCUGCUGAAGAUGUUGAUACUCCUCCCAGAAAGAAGAAAAGGAAACACAGGUUGUGGGCUGCUCAUUGCAGAAAGAUACAGCUGAAAAAGGAUGGCUCAUCGAAUCAUGUUUACAACUAUCAGCCAUGUGAUCAUCCGCGUCAGCCUUGUGAUAGCUCAUGCCCAUGUGUAAUUGCUCAAAACUUCUGUGAGAAGUUUUGUCAGUGCAGCUCAGAAUGCCAGAACAGGUUUCCUGGAUGCCGUUGUAAAGCACAAUGCAACACUAAGCAGUGUCCGUGUUACCUAGCUGUACGCGAAUGUGAUCCUGACCUCUGUUUAACAUGUGGAGCAGCCGACCACUGGGACAGCAAAAAUGUUUCUUGCAAGAACUGCAGCAUUCAGAGAGGAUCCAAAAAACACUUGCUGUUGGCACCUUCAGAUGUGGCAGGCUGGGGAAUUUUCAUCAAAGAUCCUGUACAGAAGAAUGAAUUCAUCUCUGAAUAUUGUGGUGAGAUUAUCUCUCAGGAUGAGGCAGACAGAAGAGGAAAAGUAUAUGACAAAUACAUGUGCAGCUUUCUGUUUAACUUGAAUAAUGAUUUUGUGGUUGAUGCAACACGCAAGGGCAACAAAAUUAGAUUUGCAAACCAUUCAGUAAAUCCCAACUGCUAUGCAAAAGUUAUGAUGGUUAAUGGUGAUCACAGAAUAGGAAUAUUUGCUAAAAGAGCCAUUCAGACUGGUGAAGAACUGUUCUUUGACUACAGAUAUAGCCAAGCUGAUGCCCUUAAGUAUGUGGGCAUUGAAAGAGAAAUGGAAAUCCCUUGACACCAGCUACCUCUUCUUUUAAACAGCUGCCUUAUCUUCAGGAAUUUCUAGUACUGUGGGCAAUUUUAGGAAAAUAAAAAAACGAUGCAAUUUGAAAUUCUGUAUUUGCAAAGUACUGUAACAGUAAUUUAUAGUAAUGAAUUUUUAAAAAACCCAACUUUUUAUUGCCUUCUCACCAGCUGCAAAGUGUUUUGUACCUAUGAACUUUUGCAAUAAUGUGGUGUGGUACAUUUUUCAACCUUGAAUAAAGGAUACUUGAACUUCUUCAUUUUUACUGGAA